GAGGAUUUUGCGAAGGCGGGUGAGAAUUGUCUACUGCCUGUUUUGCACUACUGUGAAUUGUCGGUUGCAUUUGUUGCUUGUGCGGUUGUCUGUGUCUUGCCUAGUAUUGUUUCCUUCGGUCUAAUGUGACAAUAAUGGUUAUCAGUGAUGAAGAUUUACGAACGGAACUUGGGAGAUAUGGCGUGGACGUUGGACCCGUAACCGACACUACAAGAAAAGUUUUAGUGAAACGUCUGGAAAAACUUCAAAAAGAGCAGGGGAGCAAACCAGCAAUAAAAGUCAACAGCAGUCUCGGGAAAUCAAGAAAAACAGCCAAAGCAACAGAUAAAAGAGAAAGAUCAUCUUCUCCCAUAUUGAGGGCUUCGAGAAAUCCUAGAAAUUCACGAAGUCACAGUCAAAGUACUCUUGGAUAUAGCACUGAUGAGAAUGAAGAUGAAAAUGUGAAAAGGGCAAGUAGAGGUGGAAGCACAAGAUCCACAAGGCAAGAAACAAACAGAAGUUAUGCUAUUUCAAAAGAACUUGAAAUAAAACCACUGACUCCUGUUCACAAACGAAUAAAAGCUCUUGCAAACUCCAGGAAAUCUGCAUCGUUAUCACCAAAACGCCGUUCAACCGGUUCCUUACCGAAACCAGAGAAAUAUUCUGAUGAUUCUGACGAGGACUCUGAUCGCAGUAGUAUGGAUAGUUGGGUAGCUAUGGAAUCUACCGAAACCAAUACAACCCCAAGCCUCGCUCAUUCUCCAUCUGCAGAUACUACAAGAAAUUCAGGACGCGGAAAUGAUAGACUUGAAAAGUUCAGAGCUGAAAUCGAAGCGUGGAAAAAGGAGGAAGAAAAACAUUGUCCAGGCGUAUUAACACAUCGUAGUUAUGCUACUGGCCACAGCUCGUUCCGCGCUGAUCAGAAUGCCCAAACUAAUCCUAAAAAACUAUUUGGUAACGGUAUUCCUAACUUUGCAUCCAAAAUUGUCACUCAGGUGACACAAAACAGACAUAAUGCAGGAUUAUUCAGCGCUGAUGAUGGGGAUGAGGAUGCUGUACAGACACAACCAUGGACAGUGAAUUUUUCCAGUUUUUUGCCGAUUGGAACUUGUAUUUUCUUUGUUGUGCUUGGACUUCUCUAUGCAACAAUGAAGUACGAUCCGAGUCUUAGUUCAAGACCCGCAAUAGAAGGCAAAUCAACUAUGGAAAUUGAUGGAGAAUGGCGUCACAUUGCUAGUAUGAUCUGGGAUCACGUCGGAACGUUUGCAGGGGAAAAAGAAUGUGGAACAAGCACUUCAACGAAAAAUCAUCUUCCCAUUGUUGAAGUGUUAUUAGAUCUGAAUAUUAAGCAAGGAAAAAGGAACUUGUCUUAUAUUCAAGCAUCGAAGACAUUCAUUGAAACACCAGAAUGGGGGAUUCAGUUUUAUGACCUGAAUAAAAUUAAAAUCGAAGAUCCGAGCAAACAAGAAAAGGCCAUAUACGUUGGUUCCAAUCAACCUUUGUUAAGUGGAUGGUGUAGAUUCACCAGAGCUUUGCAGAAAGUUCUCUUCAGAAUUAUUCUCACUACAGCAGUUGGGAUCUUGAUAUGGCUGGGAUUGGUUUAUCGUCGGUACAGAAUUGAAAAACAGCGAGAGGAAAGGGAGCAGAUGUAUACAAUGGUACAAAAGAUACUUGAGGUUUUAAGAAAGCAGUAUGAUAUGAGUGAAAACAAUGAAGGAAUUCAACCAUUUCUUCCUAUUGUUCAUGUUCGAGAUAUGAUUAUACCUCCGAAAGACAGAAAAAAGAUGGCCAGAGUAUGGGAAAGAGCAAAAAUGUUUUUGUCGGCCAGUGAGACUCGUAUUCGGGUAGAAAAUCAAAGAAUAUCUGGAGAAGAUUAUUUGGUGUGGCGCUGGAUUCAGGCCUCUUCUCCAGCAAAGCGUCACACUCCUACAUCACGUGUUUGGCAAGGUGAAGCAUUUGAUAUCAAAGCAAUAAAUCGCCCAAUGAUUUGUCCGACACCUUGCCUUAAAAUCAGGAACAUGUUUGACCCGGACAUGGAAGUGAGUAAGAAUUGGGUUGAACAGAUUCAGGAUUCUAUAUUAGAAAAAUGCCAAGGAAAUAAUGAGAUUCUGAGAAUAUGUGUUGAAAAAGACUCCAAUGAAGGUCUUGUCUACAUGCUUUGUGCAUCAAACCAAGGUGCAGGAAGAGCUUUCCAAGCGCUGCACGGUGCAUGGUUUGAUGGUCGUUUAGUUACAGUCAAGUUUAUCCGACUACAGCGCUUCCAUCAUCGAUUUCCUGAUUCAGUGAAUCAAUCCAAGGUUCCUAUGCGGCCCACGUCUGAUGUUCCUGUCUCUACGAUCAUAAAUCCUAUCUCACCAGGCAGUGAAUCGCCAUAUGAGAAGUUGUAUCCAACUCUUCCAGAUGACUGAAUAUGUCUCUGCACCUCAUUUAAAAAGGCAUUGAGACUACUUUGCACCAGUGUGUGUAACAUAAAGCAGCAUUCAGCCACAAGGACCUCACUUGCUUAAUGCAGAGCCAAAUCUAAUUGUUUUGUCCACGUUUUGUGCUUGGUGAAUUAUGACUUAACUGUCUUACCUUGGCAAUGCUAACCUGUUGCCCAUACCAGUUAGCAACCCAAAGAAUUGUGUCAUGCUUUUGAAAGAAUUGUAAACAAAGUCUGUAAAGGUUUUUCCAAAUCAUUGGUUUUUCGCUAAAUACGCUUGCAUGUUUUUCAUGAGAAUAAUACUGAAUAUCAUAACUGCUAUAUUUAAAAUUUAUUCCUCUGUUUUUUCUUUCAUAUGUGCAUCUAUCAAAGUUUUUCACUAUUGGAUGAUAUUUUCUCAUGCAUGGAUAUAUGUAAGUUAAUGCCAAUACUGGUUAACUGGCAAGUGACAACUGGCAUUUAGAAGCAUUUACUGCAAAAUUAUACCUUGUUCUACAAUCUUUCUGUUUCAGUUCUGUGAUAAAACAAUUGACUUUGAGACCUUUUAUCUGGUUGUUCUUGUUAAUUGUUUGAGUCAGGAAAACUGCCAAUAUUGUUAGAUUCAUAGCAGCAGUUUGCUUUCAAAAUCUAAUCUUAUUUGACAUUUCAUUCGAUGCCUCAUUACUGAUCAUUUGCCAGUUUUUUUAGUUAAUUUUCAUUGAGUGUUUCUUUAGUUUUUACAUUGUUGUCACAGGUGUACCUCUUUUUUGUGUUAUGACAUUUUCUGAUUUAUACUAAAGAGUUAACAACGUGUAACCUACGGUAAUUUUUGUUAUAGCACGAGUCAUAAUACUUGUUGCUGCUCAUGCACCCCUACAUUUAAAUUACAAACUAAUCAUUCUCGCAGUAAAUUAAUUGAAUUUCAAUAAUAUUUUCAAAAUUUAUUUUGCCUGAUUGAGAUAUAACCUUUGUUAAUCUAUUUGGAAAUCCAACGUACAGAAAUUUUGGAAGAAAAUUUCGAAUGUUGUAGGGCAUUUUUUAAUUCUUGGUAUAAGUGUUUCUAUUAAAUUAUAUCUCCACUUCACUCUUCAAAAUACUGAAUGUUACAAAUUCAAGAUUUAUGUCGAUCAUCAGAUCAGGAACAGGCCACUUUUAGACUUUUUAUAAAAGCAAGAGGGCACCCAUACUUCAACAAUAUCUCUGCAUCAUGAAAUGAGUUCUCUGUUUUGGUUAUUUACAAUUGUGCUUCUCAACUAAGGUAUUCAAAUAAUCUUAACCGUUAAAGUGGAAAUGAAUAAAUUUUGUACUCUGUAUUUAUCUGA